CGAGUAUUCAAAGCGUAGUAGUCAAAUCGUGUUGAUCUUGAUGUGUGUUCCGAAAAUUGCGAAACGAGCCUGCGUGUUGAGGCACGAAGCGGAGUGCUCCGUCGACGCAAAAAAGUAGUUUAUUGGGUUGCUAUCCCCAAACAUGAGAUGGAAAGCUGCAAGAUGGAUGGUUCAAGAUAUCAAACAAAGCCUCUUACCACGGCACCGAAAAUCAGCGACAUAGAUACCCCAAUGCCCCACUUUGAACCCCUUUGCGGCUUGACCGUAAACAGAAAUCGCCCGAUGGAGGUAAAAAAGCUUCGUCGAGUACAGCAAAAAAGAAUAGCACGAUUGACGGACUCAUCAUUCUUGUUGCACAGGAAGGCCCCUCAAGAAAGUUCGCUAGAGGUGCUGGCUUGACUUCUACAAAAGCCCAAGUACAUGUGAUUCAGCGGUAUCGGCAAAAGCACUCUAGAGGCCGCCGAGUUUUCCGGUGUCGCAUUUUUGGAGCAAUCUCGGGCCGUCGCUGCGACUCGCUGGUCAAGCAACGCGAGAUUUGGCGUGUGCGUGCAAUCAGGUGAUUGUAGCGCAAAAUAGCACGAGCAUUACUCACGAGCGAGAAUUAUAACACGAGCAAGGAAACCUAGGCGCAUACUAAUUUGCGAGUGAGGACAAGAUUGCAUUCGAUGGUCCAUUGGAAACACGGAAGUAGAACUCAUUCGUCAUUGUUGCAGCGCGUUCGUCCAGCACCCCGGAAGCAAUGGGCCAGACGGUGAGCAGUCGCGAGCGUCCUCUUGUUGACGGAGACGCAGACGAAGACACUGGACGGAUACGGGAAGUCAGGUCGAUGACACUGGGUGAUCUUUCGCAGGACAAUGCGAGAGGAGGAACGCCUGAGGAUCCCGGCAUUCUAAAGCGCAACUUUCCCUACCUGCGCUGGGCUUCUGUGCAAGGGUGCUGCAUUGUAUUUUAUGGAAUGUGAAAAUCAAAAUCUAUCCAUCGCUCAGUUCUUAGAGGGGUCCGGUCAUGUAGGGUUGCUCCUAAUAUUUUUGCAUAAUCAACAACCAGAUAGAAGUCAGGCCGUCUAUCUAGGAUAUUGUCAUAGUUUUUUUCCAUAAGGUCGUAAAACACCCAAAAUUUCUCAGAUACUCGAGCUUCUCGUAUUUGUUUUUGCCUGUGUGGCCGUAACGCCACGAGGAUGGGUAACGCCACAUCCCCUUGCGAAUUGGAAGCUCGGUUCGAGCGAUCGCACGAUGGAGCAGUGCGCGUACCUCUAAUUUUUUCACUUGAAUGCUGCUUCUGCGACCUAAAUUACGUGAAUAUUACUUCUAAGGUAAACCCCUUUAUCCAAAUGAAACCAUCUGUUGUACCUCUUACCUUGCUUGUGAGUAAAAAAUGAUCCAAGAUCGCUGUCCAGGAUCCUGAAUUGAAACAUGAAUCCGAAGAUCCACACGUUCACUCUGGGAGAACUCCGUUUGAGCAUUCUCUUCCUGUGAAAUGUUCAGCCCUUCAUUCGCCCUAGAGAAACGCCAUUCCUUCCUAUCUCGUGCGCUUUUCUAUAGUCACGGCGAUGAUGUAUCGAUGGGACAAAAUGAGACCUGCCCCUAUUUAUAGCUACUUGAGUUAGAAUUUCUAAAGAUCUGCUCUACACCCAAGAUGACACUCGAGUUUCUAACCCAUGUCUUCCGACUUUAAUACAAGGGGAAACAAACUUAUCUGCGUGUGUUCUGACUGUGGAAGCGAUCUGUUCGCUCAAACAUCAAUAUCAAGACCCUAUGCAUUUGCAUGAUGGUCGUGUAGGAUCAUCGUAUCUGCUUGAGCUUGAUAGUUUUUGCAUCUAAAGAAUUAUAGCUUUGAAUUGCUAUGAUGACACUCGAGUUUCUAACCCAUGUCUUCAGACUUCCAUGUGUUGAAACAAACUUAUCUGCGUGUGUGCUGACCUCAUUCCCCAGAAGUUCUCGUGGUCCGAUUGUCAUCACUCAAAAAAACCUUGAAAGAUCCUCGACUUCCAAAAAAGAGUCUGGGAAUCAGGUACUCACUCCGCGGUAGCUAUUUGAUCGAACUUCGCAGAACCAUUGUUCCAAUCUUCUUGCAUAUGAACAUUCCGCACAUUCUGUUCAAUGUGUACUUCCAGUUUAGCGAAGGAACGCGGACCGAAGUUGAGUUCGGCAGUGCGAAAUUUCUUGCGCUCUUCCUGCUCUCUGGGGUAUUUUUUGAUAAAUAUCCUUGAAACUUGUAUGUAGAUCCCACUAAAUCUGAAAUCUUGUACGUAAUAUUAGCCUAUCGGCUGUCCAGAUCCCACGCCCACCAAAAUCUCAUAAUUUUGUAGUGAUUCAGCCCUCCACAGUUUCCUUGAAGGAUGAAACUUAGCGAACGGGCGGACGGAUCUAUGCGUUUACGUGUAGUCUGACGAUUGUUCGAAAGUGUACUAAUCUUCUCGCUGACUAGGAAGUUGUGGCUGGAGGAUAGUCUAGAUUUUGUUUCUCGUCAAUCAUAUUUAAAAGUACGCAGACACAUCCCUUCGCGAUUUUGAAAGUACGAGUACGACGAAAAAUCUAAAUCAACGUUUUCCAGAUGGCAGGAAACCUCUUAUCAGACGCCUUCGGAGUGAACGGAGUAGGCGCGUCGACUUCGUGUUAUGGCUUGAUUGGCGUCCAGAUUGGCCGCCUCUUCAUCGUCGAGUGGCCGCACAUACAAGAUGCCGGUAUGAAAACGCGACUACAUGAGCACUGGAUGCGGGUCGGCGGUAUGCUAGUGCUCUGGGAAGUUCUAAAUUGGCAGACGAUCGAUCACUUCGGACACGGAGGCGGCUUGCUUGCAGGAAUAUGCCUAGGGUGUGUGCUGGACAAGGGGCAAAGCGUGCGAUUUUCACCGCUGACAGACAGCCAAAUGUAUGCGACCUCUGCGAACGGCGGUGGAGGAUUGAUCGGUCCAACACCGCGCCAACGAGGGUACGCGACUAGCGUACUCACAAUAUUGAUGCUGGGCUCAGCUGCAAUGAUAUGGUAUGGAGGCCGUGGCACUGAUUUAGAACUCAUUUGUCCCAUGCUUUGGAGGCGUUACUUCAAGGAAACCUCGUGACACAUCAGUGUCAUAAUUUUCAAGUUUAGAAAGCAACGGUUCCUGAUCUUUAGAAUGCUACAUAAGAGAGAUUAUUUUAGCACAACACAACUAAAGAUGGAGAGUGGCGUUCACCCAGAUCCGUCUCUGCCG